GCAUUGUGGGUGUGCACGGAGAAGUAAAAUGGCGGACUUGGCGAACGAAGAGAAGCCUGCCAUAGCUCCUCCAGUGUUUGUGUUUCAGAAGGACAAAGCACAGAAGAGAUCCGCAGACGGGUCAAGUGCAGAGGAUGGAGACGAUUCAGAUCGGGAUGAUGGCGAGUACUGUCCUCCAGUAAAGAGAGAGAGGACCUCAUCUCUGACCCAGUUCCCCCCAUCACAUUCAGUUCCCAAGAAUAAUAUCUUUAUGCCCUCAAGUUUAUGCCAGUCUCCAACUGGUAAUUCAGACUCGGAGCCAGAAGAGAAGCCCGUCGGGUUCAGGUUGAAACCUCCCACACUCAUUCAUGGCCAGGCCCCAAGCGCAGGUUGUUUUCCAGGCGUUCCCAGUCAGAAGCCCAAAGAACAGCAGCGCAGUGUUCUGAGACCAGCCGUUUUACAGGCGCCUCCGGCCAAAACCCUCACAGAACCCGCCAAGACCAACUCCAGCUGUGGAACAAAUGGAGUGGGGAAGUUUGGAGAUUCAUCAUCAGAGAGCCGAUCCGUUUUCCUGAACAACACAGAGAGCUCGGACAAAUCACCGAAGCGGGAGAAGGAAGAAGAAAAUGGAGGUGGACAGAAAGUCGACGGCAGUCAGAAGGAAUGUGCAGUGGACUCAUCGUUUGUGUUCGGGCAGAAUAUCAAAGAGCGAGCGAAGUUGGAUGAAAACAGCACAUCCAGUGACUCAAAAGACUCCACACAAGAUUCUCAGUCUGGCCGCACCAAUUAUUUCUUACAGUACAUGGGCAGCGCUAGCUCCAACAAUGCCACCAACAGCUCGGAUAAAGGCUCCAAGUUUGUUUUUGGCCAGAACAUGUCUGAGAGAGUUCUGAGCCCCCCAAAAGGAGGCGAGGUCCCAGUCGAGGCCAGUAAAGACGGUUCAGCUCCAGCAUCCGAGCCGUCAUCACAAGAGGCCACACCUGAGAAGAAUCACAGUGUAACGGAGUCUCUGGAAGAGUCGGCAGCUGCGUACACCAAAGCCACUGCCAAGAAGUGCAUUCUGGAGAAGGUGGAGGUCCGUACGGGAGAGGAGGCGGAAAGCAACGUUUUACAGAUGCAGUGCAAGUUGUUUGUGUUCGAUAAGCCAGCUCAGUCGUGGGUGGAACGAGGCCGCGGUCUGCUCAGACUUAACGAUAUGGCGUCCACUGAUGAUGGCUCGCUACAGUCAAGAUUAGUGAUGCGCACGCAGGGCAGUCUGCGAUUGAUCCUCAACACCAAGCUUUGGCCUCAGAUGCAGGUGGAUAAAGCCAGUGAGAAAAGCGUUCGAAUCACAGCCAUGGACACUGAGGACCAGGGCGUCAAGGUCUUCCUCAUAUCGGCGAGCUCUAAAGAUGCGGGUCAGCUGGCCGCAGCGUUGCAUCACCGGAUUCUAGCCCUGCGGAGUCGUGUGGAGCAGGAGGCCGAGAGCGCGCCCCUCCCGGCCGAACCAGAGAUCCCACAGUCAAACGAGGACGACAGCGACGAUGACGAACCCACUAACAACAACAACAGCACCGGCACGGGGAACUCCACCGCCAGCGGUAACUGUGAGAACAGCGAGACCCCAGCCGCCGAGAGCACAUAGCAUCCUGACCCUCUGCCCGACCCACAGCCGCCCACCGGGGUUUCUCUGCGAACAGCCCAGACAGGCACGGCCCCUUCGGACCGGAUCCCUGGACCUCUGGAGCGGAGUCUCUCUCACCCAAACUUCUGUAGUUAAUUUUCCCCUCCAAAAUUGAUUGUAAAUCUGUUUUUUAUCUGAGUUUA